AAAGGUUGUGUAAAUUCCAAAAGGCGGCGCGCCCGCCAUUGGGUCCCAAAAUAUAGAGAAACACCAACGUCCAACUCGGAAACGGAGGAUUGCCUUAUCUCUCUCAUCUGCAACUUCAAGCUCGUAGUUCCCGAUUCCUUAAACCUAGCAGAAGUUGGUCAAAUAUGAUAACUAUUCCAUAUGUUGCCGCGUUGGCCACAUACUUCAGCUACGGUUUGCUCUUCGUUUUCGGUCAUAUUAGAGACCUCUUCCGAAAAAUCACCGACUGUUUCAGCUCUAACAACCUUCAGGGUUACGCUCCAAUUUGCUUAGGAAACGAGGAUUUCUAUCAACGCAGGUUAUAUCAACGAAUUCGGGACUGUUUUGAGCGUCCAAUAGCAAGUGCUCCUGAUGCUUGGUUUGAUUUGGUUGAACGCUUCUCCAAUGACAGUAACAAGACCCUAAAACGAACCACAAGGAUACGUAGAUGCCUUAAUUUAGGGUCAUACAGCUACCUUGGCUUUGCCGCACCAGAUGAAUACUGCACACCCCGGGUUAUUGAUUCAUGGAACAAGUAUUCUCCAAGCACCUGUAGUAGCCGGGUAGAUGGAGGCACUACUGUAUUGCAUAAAGAAUUGGAGAAGCAUGUUGCAAACUUUCUUGGGAAGCAAGAUGCGAUAGUUUUUGGCAUGGGAUAUGUAUCAAACUCUGCUAUCCUUCCAGUCUUGAUUGGGAAGGGAGGUUUGAUUAUCAGUGAUUCUCUGAACCAUUGCUCCCUUGUCAAUGGUGCAAGAGGAUCUGGAGCUACAAUUCGUGUUUUUCAGCACAACACACCCUCUCACUUGGAGGAAGUUUUGAGAGAGCAAAUUUCUGAGGGACAACCAAGGACUCAUAGACCCUGGAAGAAGAUAAUUGUUAUUGUUGAGGGAAUCUAUAGCAUGGAAGGGGACUUAUGCAAACUUCCUGAGAUUGUUGCAAUCUGCAAAAAAUAUAAGGCAUAUAUAUAUUUGGAUGAGGCCCACAGCAUUGGAGCCAUAGGAAAAACAGGAAGAGGUGUUUGUGAGCUCUUAGGUGUGGAUCCUGCCGAUUUAGAUAUAAUGAUGGGAACUUUUACCAAGUCAUUUGGAUCAUGUGGCGGCUACAUUGCAGGAUCCAAGGAGCUUAUUCAAUACUUGAAAUACACUUGCCCUGCUCAUCUGUAUGCAACCUCAAUGUCACCACCAGCUGCAGAACAAAUAAUAUCUGCCAUAAAGGUUAUUCUUGGAGAGGAUGGGACCAGUAGAGGUGCCCAAAAAAUUGCUCGAGUACGGGAGAAUAGCAACUUUUUCAGGUCGGAACUGCAGAAAAUGGGUUUUGAGGUUCUUGGUGAUAAUGAUUCGCCAGUAAUGCCAAUUAUGCUUUACAAUCCAGCAAAAAUCCCUGCUUUUUCACGAGAGUGCCUCAAGCAGAAUGUGGCUGUCGUGGUAGUGUCAUUUCCAGCAACCCCGCUGCUGUUGGCAAGAGCUCGUAUAUGCUUAUCUGCUUCUCAUACCAAGGAAGAGCUGCUCAAAGCCUUGGAGGUAAUCAGUCAGGUUGGUGAUCUGUUGGGCAUAAAAUACUUUGGUGCUGAACCAAAGAAGCAUCAACAAGAGGAGAAGAUGAUGAAGUUGGAAUGAAGGAAAACUUUUUGCCCCCAAUUGUCAGUUAUGAGCACUAAGCAUCCAGCAAGGGUUAAGGUUGACGAAGCUGGAGUGUGAAAUACAACCUUUUGCCUUGCUUGGUAUUUUCCUUUAAGCUGACUUCUGGCAUCACCUGCAGUGACCUGCCCUAUUGUGUAAUUUGUUGUAUUUGCUGUAAAAUGGGCUUAUACCUUGCUCUAAGUGGAUCUAACUCUAAGAGAUCCUCAUUGUUCAUAUGUAUAAGUGUAAAUUGAAUCUCAUAUCCUGGUAGGACUAUAUCUUUUUGUUUGAAUUAGACAUUACUAAUUUUCCCAUAAAAAUCUUAUAAACUGAAGUGAGCAAUUAAAAAAAAUAGUUGAAGUGACACAAA